AUGAGUACACCACGAAGGAGCUUUGCGAACAUCUUUGGGGAUGCUUUAGGUGUGCCGAGCGGUGAUGGCAGGUCAGGAGGGUCAGGGCGGAGUUCUCGGCGGAAUUCUGAUCAAGGCAAGUCCUCUCUCCAGACCUAUGUGACACCCCCUGGGCAUCAAGGCAACCUCUCGGUAGACCAGCAAAAAGCACUCGACGCAAUCUCGAAGCAGUUGGAGGAGGCAGGGGCUAUCUCCCUGCGCAAUCCGCCCCACUAUCAAGAAGCGCAGCUGUUGCGCUUCCUACGAGCACGAAACUUUGACGUGGAAGCCUCGCGCGAAAUGUACCUGCGCGCGGAAGAGUGGAAGAAGAAGAUCAAUCUGGACCAUCUUUACUCCGAGUUCCGGUUCACGGAGCGGGACGAUGUGGCCAAAUUCGGUUGGCGCAUGUACUUCCACAAGACUGAUACGGCAGGUCGCCCCAUCUUUAUCCAGGACUUGUCUGGCUUGGACGCCGAAAAAGUCUUCUCUGUAACAACGCCUGAUCGCAUUAUCCAAAACUUUGCGGUGACGCUGGAGCACGCUGUGCGGAGACGGUACUAUGCUUGCACCAAAGCCCAAGGUCACAAUGUGGACGAUAACUUUAUGGUACUCAACGUGCAGGGCCUGGGGCUGGGCCAGUUUUGGACGAUGAAGAAUAAGCUGCAAGAGCUUCUGUCUAUCCUCGAUAACAACUUCCCCGAACUAUCGGGUCGUGUACAUAUCAUCAAUGCCCCCUUCAUUUUCAGCACGGCUUGGGCCUGCAUCAAGGGUUGGCUGCCUGCGCACACGGCUGAGAAAAUUAACAUUUGUGGUGCUGACUACCUUCCCAUCAUCAGCCAAUAUGUGAAUUUGGAGAACUGGCCUGCACACCUGGGUGGUCGCUGCAAAUGCAGCCAUGACUCGCCUCAGCAUGCGUGCGAGACAAAAGACUUUGGCCCUUGGAAUCAGUAG